CGGGCUUGGCCUCCCGCUGAGCCUGGGCGCGCGGCCGUUUGGCGCAGCCUGUUCCGGGACGGCGCUGGCACUUUUCUCCCCCGGUGGUGGUGGUGGUGGAGGAGGAGGACAUACAAAAAGGGAGGCGGAGCCCGAGUUGGCUUGGCUGGGCUCCGCGCUUUCCUCCUGCGACGGGAAUCCCACGGGAAAAGCCUCCUCAAAAACCUCGCCUUUUGCGCCCUUCCUUGGAGCAGCUCUUCGCUCUCCUCCAUUGUUCGGGCUUCAAGUCGCGAGGCGUUCUUUGUGCUCUCUCUCCCUCCGGAUUUUUGGGGGGGGAGGGAAGAAGGGAGGGGGAUCGGAGGUCGCAGCUCGCAGGGGGCGUUUGAAAAACUCGCCCCGCUUUCCCCCCCCCCGCCUUUAGACGCGGGGGAGGGAAACCGUCGAAGCGCGAAGAGUUCGACGCUUGCUGGGUUGUUGGUUUUUUGCAGGCUCCGAAGAUCCCGCAUUGGGGGUCUGGUAAGUGGCGUGGAAAGCUGGUAGGACCCGCAGUCGCAGGUGGCCUCCGGAGCGCGGCAGGAAGCGAGCAACGGCCUCCCCAGCCUGGUUUUGUUGGGAGUUUUCCUUUGGAGUUUAUCUCCCUUUUUUUCCUCUUUGCGCGCAUGGGAGGACGGAGAGCUUUGGGAAUACUUAGAGCGAGGAAAUAUCGUUUGGGUAGCAACAGUUUUUUUUAUUUAUUUUACUCAAUCCCGGGCCGGCUAUGCUUUCCGACAAAAAAAAGGAGCGUCUGUUGACAAUCCAUAGUAUAUCGCAAAGAUAAAGCGGCUGUGACCCCCGUGGGGAAGUUGCGAGUGAUUUUGCAUUGGAUAUAAUCGGUUUGAUUUUAAAGUUUGGAUGGUGCUCCUCGCUACAGCUUGUAGCCUGUGUGCGUAACUAUUGGGAACAAAUAGUUUCUCCGCCUGGCUGCCUUUCUUAACACUUCGGGGAGUAUCUCACUGCAUGCAGUGGAAUGCUGUUGAGUAAACAUGCAGAGGCUUGUGCUUUUUUGUGGUAGUAACUGGUUUUUAGCCCAACUCCCUGGUUGAAGAGAGUAAAUCCAGUAUUCUUUUGUCUGGCCUAAAUAGAGAAGGAAGCUGCUGCUUACAGUUGUAAAGUACGAUUUUCCUUUCUGUUUAAUGUUUACAAGAUUCCUGAUGUGAGUUAAAAGCGGUUAUCAAUUAACUUCUUUUGGUUGCUUUGCAGUUUGCAGUCGGCGGGAAAAUGUUAUCUUUAAAAGCACGGAUGCAAAUAUGAAGAGAAACAACAAAUGUAAUCUCUGAAUGUCUUGAGAGAGAAAGCAGGACUCCCCCCCCCCCUUCAAAAAACAUCAACAAAUCCUUAUGGUGAAGCUGGAAAUAUUUGGGAAGAUGGGGGUCCUUGUUUUCUUUCUGAUCUGGAGUUUAAUCUUAAACUUGACCUAUGGACACAGUUUGUUCACCUGUGAGCCUAUUAUUAUUCCAAGAUGUUCUGGAAUGACUUACAAUAUGACGUUUUUUCCUAAUAUGAUGGGACAUUAUGAUCAGGACACUGCAGCUUCCCACUUGAAGCUCUUUCUUCCUCUUCUGAAUCUUCAGUGCUCCCCAGAUGUCCAUGCAUUUCUGUGCAAAGCCUUUGUGCCUGCUUGCUUUGAACAAACACGCGUUGUAUACCCUUGCCGGAGCCUUUGUGCAAGAGUGUAUGAGGACUGUAAAAAGAUGAUAGACAUGUUUGAAAUUGGAUGGCCUAAGGAACUUGAAUGCAGCAGACUGGAGGACUGUGAUGAAACUGCUGUUGUCACUGUUUCUUUUACUACAAGAGCCCAGGACACAUGGAAGAUCCCAGGGCAGCCCAAAAGGGACUAUGGAUUUUGGUGUCCACGUCAUUUGCAGACAUCCAGUGGACAAGGCUAUAGGUUUUUAGGCAUUGAGCAGUGCGCACCCCCUUGCCCCAACAUGUACUUCAAUAAUCAUGAGCUAGAAGUUGCCAAAAGCUUUAUUGGCAUUGUUUCAAUUUUUUGCCUUUGUGCCACUCUGUUUACGUUCCUAACAUUUUUGAUAGAUGUUAAAAGGUUCAGGUAUCCAGAGAGGCCAAUUAUAUACUACUCUGUUUGUUAUAGUAUAGUGUCUCUCGUUUACUUCCUCGGGUUUGUCCUGGGAAACAAAACAGCCUGUAAUAAGAGCGAUGAAAAGCUGCAGCUUGGCGAAACAGUCGUUCUUGGGUCUCAGAACAAAGGUUGCACCCUUGUCUUCAUGGCUUUGUACUUUUUCACAAUGGCCGGAACUGUCUGGUGGGUGAUCCUCACAGUCACUUGGUUCCUUGCUGCUGGAAGAAAAUGGAGCUGUGAAGCUAUUGAACAAAAAGCCAUGUGGUUCCAUGCAGCUGCCUGGGGCAUGCCGGGGUUUCUCACAGUGAUGCUCCUUGCCAUGAACAAAGUGGAAGGUGACAACAUUAGUGGCGUCUGCUUUAUUGGCCUCUACGACUUAGCUACAUCUCGAUAUUUUGUUCUCCUGCCUUUGUGCAUUUGUGUCUUCGUUGGUUUAUCCCUCCUUUUAGCCGGUAUAAUUUCUCUAAAUCAUGUGCGCCAAGUCAUACAGAAUGAUGGCAGGAAUCAAGAGAAGUUGAAAAAGUUCAUGAUUCGAAUUGGCGUCUUCAGCGGCUUAUACCUCGUACCUCUAGCGAUACUCUUGGGCUGCUACAUCUAUGAGCAGGUGUAUAGGAAGAUAUGGGAAACCACUUGGGUUUAUGACCACUGUGAUCAAUUCCAUAUACCCUGUCCUUAUGAGGUCAAAACAUUAGCUAGACCGGAAAUAACUUUGUUUCUAAUGAAGUACCUGAUGACUUUAAUUGUUGGCAUCUCUCCAGUCUUCUGGAUAGGAAGUAAAAAGACCUGUUCAGAAUGGGCAAGUUUCUUCAACAGAAAUCGCAAAAGAGAUCCAAUCAGUGAAAGUCGGAGAGUGUUGCAAGAAUCAUGUGAAUUUUUCCUAAAGCACAACUCUAAAGCAAAGCACAAGAAGAAACACUACAAAUCCAGUUCUCACAAACUGAAAGUGAUUUCGAAAUCAAUGGGGACUAGCACGGGUGCUACAAGCAAUCAUGGGACUUCCGGAGUGGCCAUUGCUAACCAUGAUUACUUAAGCCAUGAAGCUUUAACUGAGAUCAAAAGUUGCCUGGAAGCAUCUGAGAGAGAGAUGGAAGCAGAUGUUGUACGUAAUCAGAGAGUGGAGGAAGAAGAGUUUCCUCAUAAUGAACAAAGCAUGUUACAGAUGCGAUCCAGCCCUGCAGUGCCUGUGCAAGAACAAGAGACCAAAGCAGACAACAAGCAAGAUAUUGCUAGCCUACCUGAAAGCAUGAAGAGAGCAGCUGAAGAACGGACAACUCCUAAAAAUGACAUUACUGAAACUCUUCCACUCCAACUUGGUCAUUCACAUCGCAGUCUCCAUAAGCCUCAACUCCAGUUGCCCAUGAUUAAAGACGGUGCAACUUAUACCAAAAGAACAUCUGUUUAUCCCCCUGUUCUUCAUCUUAGGGAUUAAACUAACAUGAAUUGCUGUGUCAUACAAUAAUAAAUUAUGCAGAGUUUGUAGGAGGUGAAGUACUGGAUGCAUCUUAACAGAAUAAAAGGACAUUCCUUCAGUAAUCUCUGAAGAUCACUGAAAAAAAAUUCAGGUAACAGCUGGGACUUUCUCAGUGGAAACGAGCUGAAUCUUUCACUUCCCCCUAUCUACGAUCUUUCUUACUAUCUAAUUGGGCAAGGUCAUGCCUUAUACAGGUAGUCUUCGACUUAUGACUACUAUUGAGCCCAAAAUUUCUAUUGCUAACAAAGCCCAUUAUAUGAC